GGGGAGUGGAGCCGGGCGAGAGGCGUUUCCCUGGGGCCCAGGGGGAGAGAGGGGAGCUGAAAGGCCGCUCCGGCUUGGCCUGUCCCGUCCCCGGCUCCACCCGGCCAGAGCCAGAUAGGGAGAGCACUGGUGGGGAGGGAUAAUAGGAGCUGAGCACGACGAAGACUACACGCCAGCCCGGAUUGGAACCACCGCUCCUGCCCUCCCCGGCUCCCAAUUGCCCCCAGUAUCCAUGGUAGCCCCCGGCCACCCUCCCUGCCGAUAGUCGAGGUUUCCCCACCCCUCCCCUGCCAUGGAGUCCCCCGGCCUGCUCUCUGCUGGGACCCCAGAGACGGAUCCUCCCGAAAACCACCAGGUCCCGGCAGGCUCGGAUGCUGGGGACAGGACCCCCGAAGGCCCACCCCCUGCCAGGACCCCACCCCCCACCCAGGACCAGGAGAACCUGGAGUCUCCGCCGCCGCCGGAGGCCAGCCCCGGCCAGUCAGCGCCGGCCGCCGGGGCCGCGGCCUCCCCGGACCCCCGGCCCGAGGCCGACUUCUACUGCGUGAAGUGGAUUUCGUGGAAGGGGGAGCAGACCCCCAUCAUCACCCAGAACGCCAACGGGCCUUGCCCGCUCCUCGCCAUCAUGAACGUGCUCUUCCUGCAGUGGAAGGUGAAGCUGACCCCCCAGAAGGAAGUGGUCAUGUCAGAUGAGCUCAUGGCACACCUCGGAGACUGCCUGCUGUCCAUCAAACCGCAGGAGAAGGCGGAGGUGCUGCAGCUCAACUUCCAGCAGAACGUGUCCGACGCGGUGACGGUGCUGCCCAAACUGGCCACGGGGCUGGAUGUCAACGUGCGCUUCACGGGCGUCACCGACUUCGAGUACACGCCCGAGUGCAGCGUCUUCGACCUCCUCGGCAUCCCCCUGUAUCACGGCUGGCUGGUCGACCCCCAGAGCCCUGAGGUGGCAAGCGCUGUUGGCAAGCUGAGCUACAACCAGCUGGUCGAGAAGAUCAUUGCCUGCAAACACUCGAGCGACUCGGCGCUGGUGACUGAAGGGCUGGUGGCGGAGCAGUUCCUGGAGGGGUCGGCGGCCCAGCUGACCUACCACGGGCUGUGCGAGCUUAACGCCGUCGUCCGUGAGGGGGAACUCAGCGUAUUCUUCCGCAACAACCACUUUAGCACCAUGGUCAAGGACAAGGGCCACCUGUACCUGCUGGUGACCGACCAGGGCUUCCUGCGGGAGGAGCAGGUGGUGUGGGAGAGUCUGCACAGCGUCGAUGGCGACGGCUGUUUCUGCGAUGCCCACUUCCACCUGAGCCCGGCCCCAGGGGCCACGGGGCCGCCGCUGCCCACCCAGGACCAGCAACGCCAAGUGGACCAGGACUACAUGAUCGCACUGUCCCUGCAGCAGCAGCAGCAGCAGCAGCAGGAGCAGCCGGGCACGACGGGGGCAGAGGGCACCAUGGCCCUCAGCGACCUGGAGCUGGCUCGGCAGCUGCAGCAGGAAGAAUACCAGCAGCAGCUGCCGGCUGGACCCCCUUCACCCCGUGCGCCCCCUCCCCAGGCCCGAGGGGCUGCGCCCAGACGGCAGGAACGCCGGCAGCGGCCCAAGCAGGAGUCGGACUGCACCGUCCUAUAGACGGACCCCCCCCAAAAAACCCCUGUCUCGACCCCGUCCCACCCCUACCCCCUCGAGACGCACAGGGUAACUUAUUCACGGGCGGGGGGAGGGGGGAUGGGUGUGUUUCCCGGGGCCCCCACACGGUUUCCGAGUUUCCUCAGGGUUUCCACUGUCCGGCCUUUGCUUGGCCCCUGCGGGGUUUGGAAUAAAAGGGUCUUUCCUGA